GCAGCAGAUGCGCGCAAGCUCUCCGGCGCAGCAUGAAUGAGGACGACUACGAUGAGAACGGCGCUCCGCCGAGGAUGAGGACGAGCAGGAGGAGAACGACGCCAUGGACGUGGACGAGGACGAGGGCGGCGACGACGAGGACGACAACGAUGACGAAGACGCGGAGGGCGACAAUGACGACGACGACGACGCAGACCAGGACGGCGACGGCGACGGCGACGGCGACGGCGAUGACGACCAGGACGAGUCCGCCAGCCCGUCGCAGCGCCGCAUGGCCAACGGCAGCGCUGGACCGUCCGACUCGAAUCCGCGAGUGACGCGCACCUCGCCCAGCCCGCAGGCUGCGACGGGCGUGCUGGGCGACCUGCCGUUCCGCCCGUCGGUGCGGCAGGAGGCGCUCAACGCGUCCGUGUACGACAUCAUCCCGACCAUCGCCGCGCCGCACAGCACCUCGAUCAACGCCAUCGCGGCCACGCCCGACAUGCGCUGGGUCUUCAGCGGCGGCGCCGACGGCUACAUCCGCAAGUUCAACUGGAUCGACUCGGCCAACGGCAAGCUGGCGCUGACGGUCGCCCAGCGGCACCCCUUCGUCGACUCGGUCACCAAGGCCGGCGUGCUGCUGUCGUACUGGGAGAAUGAGGACAGCGCAGGGUCCGACGUCCCGUCGCCGGUCUACUCGCUCGCCGUGCACCACCAGUCGCUAUGGCUGCUGUCGGGUACCGAGUCGGGCGCCAUCAACCUGCAGACGGUGCGCCACAACGAGGGCCACCGCGUGCACACGCUCAAGGGCCACACAUCGGCCGUGUCAGUGCUGACGCUGGCUGCCGACGAGACGGCCGUGCUGAGCGGCAGCUGGGACAAGUCGAUCAACGACUGGGACCUCCACACGGGCCAGGUCAAGCGCCGCUUCGAGACGAGCGGCAGCCAGAUCUCCGCCAUCGAGCAGCGCCCGACGUCCGCCCUGCCCGUCCCGCAGGAUACCGACACAGCCCCGCUCUCCAACGGCACCUUCUCAUCAAACAACGCCGCCCGCCCGCGCGUCAACGGCUCCAGCGCCGCCGAGCCUGCGCGCCCCGCCUCCGCCAAAGAUGACCCUUCCAACGAGGACGCCCCCGGCUCGCCCGACGACUCACUAUUCGGCGACAAGGACUCGCUCUUCGGCGACGGCGCCGACAACAACCCGUCCGCCGCGCUGCCCGGCAUGGGCGACGACGACGACGACGAGUUCUCGCGCGCCAUCGCCAACGGCAUCCAGGCCGCCGAGGACGACACCACCGGCGACAUGGAUAUGAUGGACAUGGGCGGCCCCGUGCAAGCACCAGACGCCGAACCGACCCAGUCCGCCGAUGCCAAAUCACCCCCGAAACCAGACACCGCCGACGCCCCGCUCGCCAACGGCCUGCCCCACGCUGAGCACCUGCCCACCAUCGUCAAGGACACACCUACCCUCCCGCCCUCCUCCGAAUCCACGUUCCUCUCCUCCUCCAUCGACGGCUCCCUCUCCAUCUGGGACCGCCGCCAGCCAUCGCCCGUCGCGCGCCUGCUGCCCCCCCGCGGCACCCCGCCGUGGUGCAUGAACGCGUGUUGGAGCCCCGACGGCAACUUCAUCUACGCCGGGCGCCGCAAUGGCACCGUCGACGAAUACAGUCUGCACAAGACCCUGUCCGAACCGGCGCGCACCUUCAAGUUCCCGGGUGUUAGUGGCAGCGUGAGCGCUGUGCGCGCCAUGCCGAACGGUCGGACGCUGAUAUGCGCCUCCUACGAUAUCCUCCGCCAAUACGACCUCACCCACCCCACCGCCUCGCUCUCGUCACACUCCCUCUUAGACCCGAAACCCACACCCACCACUGCUGCAGCAGCAACACCCUUCCUCAUCGUGCCCGGCCACCGCACCGGCGUGAUUAGCCAGCUGUACCUGGACCCGACGUGCACUUUCAUGAUCAGUACGGGCGGGAAUCGCGGGUGGGAGGGCGCGACGACGGAGGUUUUGCUCGGUUAUGAGAUUAGCUAUGGGGCGUGAGAGAGAUGGGAGAUGAUACCCGCGGGACUGGCGUUUGGUGUUGGGUUGUUAGGGAUAGUUAAGACAGGCUGGGCAGAAGACGGUCUGCAAGGAAGUAGGAGAAAGGCGUUGAGAUACGUGCCUUGGCAUUCAGGAUUAUUUACGUGUCCGGGAGACGAACUGAUGGUCCUC